AUGAGUAUUGCAGGGCUAUGCAUAAUCUACAACAAAGAUGCUGGCGUCACCAAAGCCUUCAGAAAUGUCCCAGGCAUCACACUGCAGAAUGUGAACCAGCUGAACCUCCUGAGGCUCGCCCCUGGAGGUCACGUUGGACGCUUCUGUAUCUGGACUGAGAGCGCUUUCCGCAAGCUGGAUGAGCUGUACGGCACCUGGCGUAAACAUUCUACCUUGAAGAAAGAUUACAACCUGCCAAUGCACAAGAUGACCAACACAGACCUGACCAGAAUGCUCAAGAGUGAAGUAAUCCAGAAAGCACUUCGUGCACCAAAUAAGAAACUGCAGAACAGAUGAAAGCUGUUGAAACUAAAGAAGAAACAAGUAAAGUGGACAUUUGUCACAUUUCUACAUGCUGGAGUGAAUAAAUCAGUUGUUUCAAAACAA